AUGUCACCCCGUAUCGGAGGAGGGGAGUCGGAUUCGGGACCCAUUGCUCCAAGCGGUCGGAGCUUGCGGACUCGGGAGAUUGGUGCUGGACCGUCAGCGAGGGGAUCGUCGUCCCGCAAGCCCAGCCUGACUAAAGGUGCAACAUCUACGGAUCGAACUGGGGCGGGUGGUGACGACGAUGACGGGAGCGAAGAUUCAAGUGAUGACUCAGACGAUUCGAGCGAACACGACGAGCUUGACGAGAACGACAGGCAUCGUGAACUCUCCAGCAGUGUGGCGGUGGAGAAUAUCGCACGGGAAGAUCUUGUCUACCGGCUCGAAGUCAUUCAGCAGCCUCAGCGAGCGCGUGCAUGCGGGUUUGGAGACAAGGAUCGACGACCAUUGUCACCGCCGCCUAUCAUUCAGCUCCGCAUCUUUGACAAGUCUGGGAAUCCGGUCUCUCCCAAUGCCAUCGACUGUCAUCGUCUGAUUCUGAUGGUUGAUCUCUGGAACGGCGAUCAAACACAGCAGCGCAGCAUCGUCAUGCAUCCAGGAGCUCGUCAGGAUCAAUAUGCCCUCUUCACGCACACCUCGUCGCGACAACCGAGCGUCUCGCACGGCUACAGUGAGAAUCAGACGUCCCCCUUCAGCAGGGGCCCCAAUGCGCGAGCUGGCAGCACAGCUUCUCAGCCACCUGCCGCCUGGCAGGGAGGACCGCACGGAGAUUGGAAUGCGUACCCGACGCGCCCCCCGCACUAUGGACACGCUUCUUCAUCUUCCUACCCACCGUUAGCGUACGGUGGACACCCCCCACCGCCCUGGCAGCAAUCGCCUGGACACACGCGCCCCCCGUCUGCGUCACACCCGCCGUACGGCCCCCCGGAGGAAUGGCACGACGCUCGAUCGGCGUCCAUGUCGGCCCCGCCCCCGCCUCCCCCACCAGCUCACCACGAUUCCCGAGGCUGGACGCCGGAAGGUACCCCGAUCCAGACGCCAGGUGAUGUUAACUAUCCCCCAGAACGAGCCGGAUCAGGUUAUCCGGUUGGCUACCCUCCCCCGCCAGGAGCAGAGGGUCCCUGGAGGAAGGACUCUGGCUUUGGCCGCGACGAACGAGCGAUGGUGCCCGGCGCACCUGGAGCGCCUCCGCCCGGUCCCGGCUACGCAGAAUGGGACAGGCACUACGGUGCGCCCGUGCGCCCAUGGGGUGCCUCAGGCGACGACCACUGGUCCCGACAGCACCGCUACUCGCAGUCUGCGCAGGGGCAGUCCACCACUGGCAUGCCCUUUGUCACUUCGCCAACGCCGGCGCCGGCGACAAUGUACCCCGAAGGGUACACGGAGCGCGUGACGAGCUCCACCACGCCGUCAGCGUCGUCGCACUACUCGCGCGUGCUCGUCGGCUCGAUGGGCGCAGUGUGUCAGCGCCUGAAGGAUCUCGACGGCAAUACGGGCUUAUUCUUCUUCGCGCACGACCUUGGUAUCCGCACAGAGGGCACUUUCAGCCUGCGCUUCACCUUGGCCGACCUGACGUCACUCACCGUGCAGUCUGUCGUCAAGGAUCAGAGCGCGCCGAUCCUCGCGCGCGAGUUCUCGAGUUCAUUCACCGUGUACUCGGCCAAACGCUUCCCGGGAGUGCUCCCAACAACGCGCCUGACGCAGUGCUUUGCGGACCAGAGUGUACGCCUCCCGACGCGUCAGAAGCGCACGUCGCCCACAUCGGCGAGCAAGCGCAAAAAGUAG